AUGCAAGUUGUUUCAGACUUGGUAAACCUAAAAUAUCUUUAUGAUAAAAUCCAAAUUAAUAAAAUAAUUAAUAAAAAUCUAAAAGAAUUGAUUAAAAACCCUGAUUUUUCUUUUGAAGAAGAGAUAAAUAACUUUACCAACUUAAGAAAUUCAAUAAUAAUAGAACAAUAUAAAGGAUUGAGUGUGAAUUUAUUAAACUUAUAUAAAGAGUAUUUAUUUUAUUUUGAAACGUUUAAAAGAAAAAACUUAUUAAAAGGAAAAAAAAUACUAUAUACAAAUGAUAUAUUUGAAAAAAAUAAAAAAGUAGAAUAUGAAUUUCAUCAAGAAAAUACUUUAAUUAUUUAUAACAUAGGGAUAUUAAAAUCGCAUAUGUUAAAAUUAAAGAAAAAUUCAGAUGAUAUAAAAUUAUUAAACAAAAUAUCUAAUGAAGUAGUAGAGAUUUUUAAUUAUUUGUUUAAAAAUCUAAAUGAACAAAAAUUGAGUGAUUUAACAGAUAUUAAUUGCAUCAGUUCAUAUAUUUUUUUGUGUCUAGUAUCAGCAUAUCAUGAAAAUAUGUUUUAUAAUACUGCCAUAUUAAAAAAAUAUAAAAGAAAUUUAUUAUCUAAAUUAUCUUUUAAUAUUUAUACAUACUUUAAUGAUGCUCAUUCAUGUUUAGAUGGGAAGUUUUUAGAUGUAUUUAAACAAGUAAAACAUUUUUCUAAUGCUAAAAAUAAUUUACAAUAUAUAAGAAAUACAAAUGGAUAUUUCUAUAAUUAUAUUUAUGUAAAUAAAAAAAUAUUCAUAAGUAUAAGUAAUUAUCAUUCAUCCUUAAAAUAUGUAGAAUUAAGUAAUUCUGAAGAAUUAAAAGUUAAAAAAUAUGAGGAAGAAAAAAUUGGAGAAAUUAUUUGUAGAUUAAAUUAUAGUCUAGAUAAUGUUAAUAAAGGUAUAGAAUUAUGUAAAAAGUAUAAUCUUAACAUUAGUAUUGUUUCAUUAAAAGAAAAAAUUAUAAAAAUACUUGAAUUUUUUGAAUAUGAGAAUAAAAAUAUCUAUUUUGAAGUUGUACCUCCAUAUGAAAAUUUAGAACCCAUUAAAGGAACAGAAGUAGUAAAAAUUAAAAAUAUUAAUAUUUCUGAAAUUUACACAAAGAAAAAAAUUUCUAAUCGUUUAAAACUUUUAUUUAAUGAAAAAGCAAAAAAUAUUUAUGAAUGUUAUAAUAAAGAAGCAUUAUCAAUAUGUGAAAAGUAUAAUAAAAUAUUUCUAUCUUUAAAUGAUCAAUAUAAGAUGAUAAAUUUAUCCUAUAGAAAAAAUAUAAUACUUACCUUAAAUAAUGUUAUUAUAGAUAUGUUUAAUAGAAAAAAGCAGAUUUAUCAACCUAAUGAUUUUGAAAACAUAUUAAAUUUUCUUAUGAAUGUUGAACAAAAUUUAAAAGAAAUAUUAAUUGAAGCAGAAAAUAAAUUGACUAAUGAAAAUAAUAAUCAUUUAGAAUUUCAAAAAAAAUACGUUAAUGUAUGUAUUAAUCAAGAUUCUUUAAAUUCUUAUAAUAAUUUUUUAUUUCAUUUAAGCAAUUUUAAGAAAUCUUUAGAUGAUCUUGGAAAAAAUAAUACCAUUUUCAAAACAUUCCAUGAAAAUAACUACUCAAAUUUUCAAAUUUGUGAAAUGGAUAUAUUACCUUUUUUUGAAUAUGUAGUAAAUCAGUUAAAUCAUUGUAUUGAUAUUAACUUGGAAUCCUUAGAAAAUGAUUAUUUGUAUUAUAAAAAUAUAUUAUCUGAAGAAAAUGAAAAUACAUCUAAUUCAUUUAAUAGUAUUACUGAUCUAGAAAAUUCAAAUAAAUUAUGUUUAAAUUAUUCAAAUUUUUCCAAUUUUAUUAAAUUAAAUAAUUUAUCAUUUGCUAUUCAGAAAAAUGCUAAUAACCAAAAUUUGUUCCAUUACAAUAUAUUAAAUAAAUAUAUAAAUAUUCAAUCAGAAGAAAAAAUUUAUUAUGUUAUUAUUUCUAUAUAUUUCUCUUUGAAUAUUCAAUUAACUAACUUUUCAAAAGAUUUAAUAGAAAUAAAAGAUAAUAUGGAUGAACAAUUUUUAAAUAUGUUAAUUGAAGAAGAUAAUAAUGAAAAACUAAAUGAAUUAUUAGAAGAACAAAAAAAGUUACUUGAUAUAAAAAAAAAAAAAUUAGAAGAAAAUAUUUCUGUAUUUGAAAAGGAUAUUAAUCAAUUUUAUAACUAUUAUCAUGAAUAUAAUAAAUUAGAGUAUUUUAAAACAAUUGAAGAUAUCAAUAAUUUUAUUAAUGAAUUAAAGAAAACAUUUGAUAAUUUAUAUAUAAUGCAAAAACAGCAUUUAUAUACUCUAAAAAGCGCACUAUUAUUUAAAGACGAUAUCAAUAAAUAUAUAUUUAUGAGAGAAAGCGAAAGGUCAAAAAUAAGGGUACAACAAAUUUCUAACUACACAAGGAACAUUCAAGACAACAGUGGGCAUUUCUAUUAG